UGAGAACACAAUCUUGAGAAUCUAGCAUUUGGACUCAAAGAACUUGGGGUAAAAAUUCUAUUCUAUUACUUGUUAUUUGUGUGAUCUUGGACAAGCCACUUAACAAAUUAAUUUUAAAAAAUUAAGAUUAAAAAAAAAGUCUUCCCUUGCCAGAGAAUCGCAGCAGGUCCAGGAAGGCGUUUCCAAAUUGGGGGGGUGGAGGGGGAGUGCCCGCUACCCCAGUACAAGGCCGAGGCAGUGAGGCGGGGCCUGGCCACGCCCCGUCCCGCCCCCUUUACGACAGGCCGGAUUGCGGCGCCCAAUAUGGCAGCGCCCAGGGUGCCGGUAGCUACUCCCGCGGCUCCAGCACCGGAGCCGAGGCAGAGUUGCUGAGCUGGCCGGUAACUAACUUGUGCUUUCCUGACCCUGUCUCUCAGCCGGAGUCUCUGACCCCUCCUCGUCCCUCAGUCCUGCUAGCGCCGACACCAUGAGUCUGCGAGAGCUGUUGCGCCGGCCCCCCCGCCCGGGAACGCCGAGCGCACUGUGGCGGACGCUCCUGCGGCCGCCCCCCGCGCCUCGGCGUAGCCUCUUUUCGGGAUCCCCGACCCACUGGAACCAAGUGGUGUCGGAGGCCGAGAAGAUCGUGGGUUAUCCAACUUCGUUCAUGAGUCUUCGUUGCCUCCUGAGCGACGAGCUCAGCAACAUCGCCAUGCAGGUGCGCAAACUGGUCGGAACGCGGCAUCCGCUCCUUUACACUGCCAGGAGGCUUGUACAUGACAGUCGAAAUAACCUCCAAUUGCGUGGCCUGGUGGUAUUACUUAUUUCCAAAGCUGCUGGACCUAGUAACACAGCAGUAUUGCCUCUCAAGCAUGACAUGGUCAGUGGAAUUUAUCCCAGUCAAAGAAGCUUGGCAGAGAUCACAGAACUUAUCCACACUGCUUUCCUUGUGCAUCGUGGGAUAGUAAAUUUAAGUGAAUUGAAUUCUUCUGAUGGUCCACUAAAAGACAUGCAGUUCGGAAAUAAAAUAGCUAUCCUGAGUGGAGACUUCCUUCUGGCAAAUGCCUGCACUGGACUAGCUCAGUUGCAGAACACUAAGGUCGUGGAACUUGUAUCAAGUGCUCUUAUUGACUUAGUACAAGGAAUAUACUGUGAAAAGUCUACUUCAACAGAGGAAAACUGUAUCACAGAUGAUAUCGGAAUAUCGACUUGGAAGGAGCAGAUUUUCCUCUCCCAUAGUGCCUUGCUAGCAAAAAGCUGCCAGGCUGCAAUGGAAUUAGCAAAGCAUGAUACCGAGGUCCAGGAUAUGGCAUUUCAGUAUGGAAAGCACAUGUCUAUGAGUCAUAAGAUAAACUCUGACCUCCAGCCUUUUAUUAGAGGGAAGUGUGCUGGCUCCAUUACAUUCAAUUUAAAUUCAGCUCCUGUAGUCUUACAUCAGGAGUUUCUUGGAAGAGAAAUGUGGAUUAAGCAGAUCAGAGAGGCUCAAGAAAAAGGGACCUUAGACUAUUCAAAGUUGCAAGAAGCAAUCCUGGCUGGCAAAGGUGUGACUUCAGCUAUUGACCUAUGUCGUUACCAUGGAAACAAGGCCCUGGAAGCCCUGGAGUGCUUUCCUCCCUCUGAGGCCAGAUCUGCUUUAGAAAACAUUGUGUACGCUGUCACCAGGUUUCCUUGACACAGAAUUUAAAAAGAGACUAUUGUUCAUCGGCUGAAAAUAACAGGGAAGAUGGGGGGAGAGGUCUCCACUGUGAACCAUCUAAAUGUGUCAAUGGUUUAAUUUUUUUUUCAUUUACCACAUAACCGAAUGAGCUUCGCCUUCUUUUUGGAGCUGCUACAAACAAAAUUAGGAGAAGAAGGAGGAAAAAAAAGGUCAAACAGUUUUCACUUGGCAUGCCAGAAGCACACUUGAGGCAGCUCUAGCAGAAAUAAUUAAUGAGCUUCGCUCCUGUGACCUCAGCAAAUGGACAGGAAAUAAGUCCGUAUUGAUUGGACCGAGCUAGGGAUGGCGCCAGGGUGAUGGCCUGUGGUUUCCCUGUGCUAAAAAGGACAGAGGGGGGCAGGCAGGCAGCUGCAGGUGUCGAGAGCAACCCUUUCUGAGCAGGCCAGAAUAGAAGUGUGUGUGAAGUCAAGAAUUAAUAUACCAAUUUGUCAUUGUGAAGGGAAGUCCAAUGAAUUAAGAAGGAAAGCCCUUUCUCUGUCUCUUUCCAAUUAUGUCUCCUCUUGGUUUUAUGUAUUUAAAUAUGAAAAUACCUUGUGCCUCAUGUUUUUAAUAUUUGCUAAAUGUACUGAGAAAAUAUGUCAUGUGUCAUAGGUAGGAAAUUUUUAAGUGCUAUCUGAUAUUCACUUGGUUCUUAUGAAAGAAAGAAUUCUCUUCCUCUCUCUCUCUUUUUUCCUCCCUCUCUUCUCCUUCUUCCCUUACCCUCUCUUUCUUUCUCUCCCCUUCCCUUACUCCCUCCCCUUCUUUGUCUCUGUCUCCCUGUCUCUUUCUCCUGAAGAUUAAAUUUUUAACCACCAUUUCAAACCAAACUUUUUCUCCUUGAUCAAAGUCAUCUUCUCUUACACUGAUGCAUUCUUUUUCCUUGAUUGGUAAUAGUAUUGUCUUUCAAAUGAAAUGUAUAAAUUUGUAAUACUUGGGAUUGAGGGAUACUCUUCUAUUUGUACAAAUUUUCCGUGGCUUAAUCGUACAACCAAGGAGUUUGUUGGGGGGAUUUUGUUUAACCUCGCUAUGUCGAAUUUGAAAUCUUGAACCACAGACAUCCAAUUACAGAAAGAAUAUAAGGAAUAUCACAACCCAGCAACUUGACACUGUCUCUGUUUUGUUCAUAAGAGAUGAUUUUUGUGGUUUGCAUGCAUGCAAUAUGAGAACAUCGUUGACAAGAAGGCUGAGUUUACAUAAACGAUCUAGAUUGAGACUCAGCUACCUUUCUUCCUUAUGUGGUGUAAUUACAGCCCAAUCUGGAGACAGCUAACACAGCAAACAGAUUUCAUUACAUCCUUCCCUCCAACUCCAAGUAGAGUUAUUUCUGUUAAAUUCUUCACCCCUCAAAAAAAGUCAUAGAGCUUCUUUGUCAGGGACCAAAUGGGUGACAUACAUCUCAAUAAAAGAUAUAAAAUUAUACAUGUUAAAUCAUUGUGUUGUUAAAAAAUAUUUAAAAUGUACUUGAAACAUCAUUGUAAUUGUUCAGUUUUAUGCAAGUAUGGUUUGAAUGUUAUAGAGAUGUCGAUUAGUAGACCAUUUUAUUUUUCUGUUUAAAUUACUUUUCUCACUGAUGUUGGUUUAAUUAGUAACUGUAGUUAAGAUGUAUUCCAUCCCGCUUUUUCUUUAAUCAUUAACUUCUGCAAAAGCUAUCCUAAUGCUUUGUCUUCCUCAGAUGGGAGCUUAAAUGUUCUUUAACUCCUAUUAAGAAAAUGAAUAGUGAUGUUUACAUUUUUAUAGAGUAAAAACUUCCUCUCUUCUAGUGCCUAAAUAAAAAAUAAAAUAAGAAAUUUGAAAAGGAGAUUUUUAGUCACAUAGGUAGGUACUAACCACUGUGCAUACUAUGUUGAAUUUAGAGCCAAAAGACCUAGGUAUAAAUUCUGCCACUUAUUAUCCAUAUAACUUUUUAUUGGAUAAAUCAUUUAAUCUCUUUGGGCCCAAGUUUCCUCAUCUGUAAAAAUUAAGGGAUUGAAAGAUGCCUUUAAAUCUUUGAUCCCAUAUGUUUCUUUACAAACUCCUAUAUCUCUUCUUCCAUAGCCAGAAUCACAGGCUUUUUUGCUGCUUACACAUAUUUCCUGCCUUAUCUAUUUCAAACAUCAUAGGAGAAAGGACUCUUCUUCAAGACUGAGUGAUCUUGAGAUAGGAUUGGGAGAAUACUUUGAAAACAAAGUGUCUGAAGUAGUAUGUGUUAGAAAGGUUGGAAGUAGUAUGAUCAGAAAGAACAAGGGAAUAAAUUGUAGGCCAAGAGUCAGAGGAAAGGCAGAUUAGCAUGGAUCCCUUUAAGUUACAUUAAUGCUUGGCUGGGCAGAUCAGAAAAUACCAUGAGCACAUCUAAUGUGUGCUAAGCACAAUCCUGGAUUCCCCUUUUUUUGCUUUUCUUUCUAUGCCCUGUUCUUUUUCCAUCAGCCUUCCUGUUUCCCUUUCUGCCUCCCUUUCUGAGUUUUCUUCCCAGCUCCUUUUUGCCUCCUUCCCAGCAGUCCUCAUCCUGCCUCCUGUAUCUUAGUAUCUUUUUUCCUUUGCCUUCCUCAACCCUCAUGUACAAGGUGCCCUUAUCCUGCCUUCUGUUUGCCUACCAUUUUUCAAACUACAGUUUUCUGUAUACUCAUGAGCUCUCUUCCAGUGUUUCUGUGGUCCAGAAGUAUAUCUCUCUCUCACCUUUACCCCUUACCUUAAAUUUCGAUAUCUUUGAUUGUUACAAGGGAAACAAGUUGUUCAAGACUAAUUUAUGCUAAGGUAUGAAUAAGAAAUGGCUACUGCCCUCUGUGAAGAAUGAUUUGUUGACCCAAAUGAAUCUCUAGAGGAUUUUCAGACUAAAAUGUGAAGAAUUCUUAAAUGAAAACCAUUUAGUUUACUCUCCUUUUCAUAAUGCCAAGAAGAAGCUUUGUGGCCCCUAAAAUUACUAAAUCUCUUAGAAAGAAGUUGGCCUUUUCUCUCUUUUGGGGUCUUUCGCCAACUUUCUAUCUGUACUUGAAAUCCAAGCUGCUUCUACUGAUCUUUGCCCUUCAAUGAAGUUUGCCAGUUUCUAUACAAGAAGAAAGAUCUGUCCCAGAAACACAAGAUUUGAGAGCUGAAUGAGACUAUAGAGACCAUCUUGUCCAGUCCAUACACACAACUACCACAUACCCUUCACUCUUCUGCAUGAAAAUUUCCAAAGAGGAAUCUCUUUCUUGAAAUAACUUAUUCCACUUUUGGACAUUUCAAUGUUAGGAAGUUUUUCCUGAUAAUUAUCAAGUCUAAAUUGGCCUAUUUGCAAUUUCUACCCACUACUACAUUGAGUAGUAUCCAGUACUACUGAUUCCAUACUCUGGAAUCAAAUCUUAUCACUCCCCCACAUUAUAGCCCUUCAAAUAUUUAAAGACAAUUAUCUUGUACCUUGUGAAUCUUCUCUAAACAUGGCUGUGUUUUUUCAUCCUUAUAUGUCAUAGAUUCAAGGCCCUUCAUUGGUCUAAUUGCCAUCCUGUGGACAUUAGUGUUCUUCUUAAACAGUAGUAUCAUAACUAAACAAAAUACUAUAGAUGAAAUCUAAAGCAAUACAGUGGGACUAUCUUACCUACCAUUUUCCUGGAAGAUGGGACAGCUAGAUGGCACAGUGGAUAGAGCACUAGGCUUAGAAUCAGGAAAAUUCAUCUUGGGGACUACAAAUCCAGCCUCCUAACACUUACUUAACCAUGUUGCCUCAGUUUCUCAUCUAUAAAAUGAACUGGAGAAGGAAAUGACAAACCACUCCAGUAUCUCUGUCAAGAAAACUCCAAAAUGGAGUCAUGGAGAAUCAGACGCAACUUUAAAUGGCUAAAUGACAAAAAAUUCCUGAAAAGUUUAUCUCUCAAUACAGCACCAAAUCACAUUAACUUUUUUCACUGCCCCCUAACACAGUUGACUCACUGAACUUACAGUGCUUCCUUCCAAACCCACCAGAUCUUUUUCAGAGCAUUUUUUAGUUUAUCCAUGCCUUCUUUCAUCUUUUACUUGUGUAGCUGAUUUUUUUAUACCUAAGUACAAGACUUUUACCUUUGUUUAGUUUAAUUUUAUCUUAUUAGGUUUACCAGAAAGCUCCCAUCUAGUUCUGCCAUCCAAUGUGUUAGUAGUUUUGUGUCCUCUGCAAAUAGUCAUACUCUCUAUGACUUCAUCCAAAUAUUAAACAGCACAGGACCAAGGACAGAUCCCUGAAUUACUUCACCUGGAGAUCUGCUAUAUUGAUACUGAAUUCUUAACGACUAUUUUUUUUUUUUUUGAGUAGGUAAAAUAGGAGAUUCUUUGCCUUGAUUGCUACCUAGCUUUAAUUACUGAAUGGGUAUGGCUUUAGUCAAACUGAGACCUGUUGAAAAUUUUAAUUUUAAUUUAAUUUAAUUUUAAAAGGCUGAGAUCUCCCACUGCAUUCAGUGCCAUUUCCAGUCAUCUUGAUCUAUAUCUGGCCACUGGACCCCCUGGAGGGGAAAGUGAGGCAGGUGACCUUGCACAACCCUCCCUUAAAUCCAAAUCACUUGCAUGUCUCGGCAUCAUGUCUCUGAUGUCAUGGUCCUCUUGGAGAAAAGGACGAACUACAAUUUUUAAGUACCUGUCUUUGCUAUCUUGGCUCUUGGGAGGUGGAUGCAAUUGUCACCAGGAAGCUGACACCACACACCCCAGGUAUGUACCACUAUGUGCUGAAAAAGAAAGAGCCCUGGGCUCCCCUAACCAGUUUUCAGAGGAAUCAGGGCAGAAUCCUCACUCAUCCUGCUUUUCCUACCCCUAUCCCUGAAGUUGACCCUCAAAAUUCUUGGUUUGAUUGUUUGAAACGUAGUAAUUAGUAAAUGACUUAUUAAGAGUCAUUUGGGUGAAUGGUUUACCAUCUGUUCCUAAUUAUUAUACAGCACAAAAUUAUGCAUUUCAUUAAAUAUGUGUCUGAUUAACUUUGUUGUAAAUGUUAUUUGAUUACAACACUAUGCUCUAUUAAAGUACACUCUGUCUUCAUA